AUGUUUUCUAAUUCUUCUAAUGAUUAUUAUAUAGUAAAAAAUAAUCCAAAUUCAAUGAAUUUUGUAAAAUUUAAUGAGGAAGAUAACAACAACAAUAAUAAUUAUGUUAACAAUUCACUUCAAUCAAAAAAUACUAAAAGUUCCCCCUUCCCAACAAAAUGUUGUGUUUGUGGAUAUAUUUGUAGUGGAUAUGUUUAUUAUAAUGUUGUUUGUUGUGAUGGUUGUAAACACUUUUUCCGACGUUGCUGUAACGCAAAAGAAUUUUACAAAUGUAAAGAUGGUGGGAAUUGCAAUGUUAUGAAUGUUGCAAUAAAAUGCAAAAGUUGCCGUUUUGAUAAGUGUAUUCUGGCUGGAAUGAGAAUCCAAACAAUCAGGGGAUUUUAUUCAAGGAGUUUACCAGAAAUAUAUGCAUUACUCGAACAAAGAAGGAAUGAACUUCGAGAUAAAGGAAAAUAUAUAGAAAAUGUUGAAACAAAAAGCGAAACUUAUAUAAAGCCAGGACCAUUGUUCAUAAACAAGGACAACUUAAUAAUUGAUGUUCUUAUCUCCGUCGAGAAAAAUGCAAAACGCGUUAGAAAUUCAGUUACAAGAUUGCCUUCUAUAUAUUAUAAUUAUUCUUGCAAUUCAAUCGAAAACUUGAUUAAUCGAAAAGAAAAUCUUAUUUCAAAUAGUGAUGAAUUUUCGUGUCAGGAACGAGGUUUUAUUUCAUCCGCGGCUAUUGGAUUUAUUCUCAAAAAUGGAUUUUUUAAAACUCCACCUGCUUCCUUGAUGGAGGAUCUUCUUUUAAUCGUUGACAUUGGAAAAACAAUGCCUUCCUUCAACGAUUUAGAUUUGUCUGAUCAAGUAAAUUUUAUUAAUAAAUGUUCAGAGUUUUGA